CGGGACCAUAAAGCCCGUACCUUAUUGGUUAAACGUGUAACCAAUCAGCGUAGAGGAAAACGAUAACAACACGUCAUUGGCUGUUUCUGGACCGGAAACGGAAGCGAGCUCGGAGCUGAUUGGCUGGAAUAGUUAACAGAACAUUGCCGGCGGAUCUUUUUGUGUUGAUAAAAGUGUAAACAUGUGUUUUGUUUUUUGUAAUUGUGAAAUAAACUAAAUUGAUCAUUUUAAUGUGAGAAAUCACGUGUUUGAAAUGGCGACUUUGGUGUUGGAUAACGGAGCUUACACGGCGAAAAUCGGUUACUGUCAAGACAAAGUGAGUGUCAUCCCCAACUGUCAGUUUCGCUCGAAGACGUCCCGACUAAAAACCUUCACUGCCAACCAGCUGGAUGAGAUCAAAGAUCCUUCGGGUCUCUUCUACAUCCUCCCCUACCAGAAGGGUUACCUGGUCAACUGGGAUGUCCAGAGGAAAGUGUGGGAUCACUUGUUUGGAAAGGAAAUGUUUAAGGUGGACUUUCCAGACACCAGCAUUGUCAUCACAGAGCCAUACUUCAACUUCUCCUCCAUUCAAGAGUCGAUGAAUGAGAUCCUUUUUGAGGAAUACCAGUUCCAAUCAGUUCUCAGGAUUAAUUCCGGCUCACUCAGCGCUCAUAACUACUUCCACACGAAGCCGUCGGAGCUCUGCUGCCUGGUGGUCGACUCCGGAUUCUCUUUCACCCACAUCAUUCCCUACUGCCGCAGUAAGAAACUGAAGGAUGGAAUUCGUCGGAUUAAUGUGGGAGGGAAGCUGCUCACUAAUCACCUGAAGGAAAUCAUCUCGUAUCGCCAGUUACAUGUGAUGGAUGAAACUCAUGUGAUCAACCAGGUGAAAGAAGACGUCUGCUACGUGUCACAGCAGUUUUACAAGGACAUGGAGAUCGCACAGUUGAAGGGGGAGGACAACACUUUGAUGAGGGAUUAUGUUCUUCCAGAUUUCAGCUCCAUCAAAAAGGGCUUCUGCAAGCCACGGGAGGAGAUGAUCUUCAGUGGAAAGUACAAGACAGGCGAGCAGAUCCUGAGACUGGCCAACGAGCGCUUUGCUGUUCCCGAGAUGCUGUUCCAUCCAUCAGAUAUCGGCAUCCAGGAGAUGGGUAUCCCAGAAGCCAUUGUGGACUCCGUCCAGUCGCUGCCAGAAGAGAUGCAGCCUCACUUCUACCAGAACAUCAUCUUGACCGGAGGGAACUCUCUGUUUACUGGCUACAGAGAGCGCCUGGAGGCCGAGCUGCGGUCUCUCGUCCCCACCCACCUCCCCGUCUCAGUGCUGCUACCUCCAAAUCCGGUGUGCUACUCGUGGGAAGGGGGGAAGCUGCUGGCUCAUAAUCCCGACUAUGACGACAUGGUGGUGAUGCGGGAGGACUAUGAGGAGAACGGACACUUCAUUUGUGAAGAAAAGUUUGAUAUUUGAACUGAAAACACUUUGUCGCAGCUUUAUCGCUGACGUGAAAAUGGCUGCACCAUGAAAAACCAAUUUAUGUCUCUGUUUCGAUUCAGAGCAGAAACUGUCCACUAAAUGGAGGCGAAGGCGAAGGAGAGAAUCUAUCCUCUGCACUUGCUGCAUAUUUGUGAGCUCCAAGUUGGAGGACACAUUUACAUGCUGUAAACUAGUGCUAAACAUGGUAGCGUUGCAAACCGGACUAUUUUAAACAUGCUCAUGGUCUCUGAGCUGUAAAAAGCUUGAUUAAUGUCUCUCUUGUCCAUGUUUUUUUGUUUUAUUCUAUGUAACCCACCAUUCAUCGUUUAAAUACAUUUUCAGUACUUAGUCAUGAAACAUCAUCCCAGAUUUAGUGUUUUGGUGCAGCAUGUCAGUAGGGAGUACUUUUCCUGUAAUAAUGGAGAUGAGUGUGUUGUGGUUUUCAUUUAUAUAUUUUUAUAUUUUCGGAGAGGAUUUUAAACGUCUCCAGAAGAAGCUCCACAUCACUUUCAGAGGUUGCCACAACUCUGUGUUCAAAACUAAAUUAAAAUGCUGUUUUUGUAUUUAAGUGUCUCUUUGUAGUGGUUUUGUGGUAAAUUUAAGUGUAACUGCCAGCCUUAGGUGAUACACUCUUGACUUUAUUUUACCUCACAGAUCAAAUCUCAUGAUUAAAUGCUCGACAGAUCAGAGAAAAAUCCUUUAAAUUAUAAAAAAAACAAAAAUACAGAACAGUACAUUUUAAAAAGACAGCUGCCACAUCUGCACUCGGCAUCACUGAUAACACACACGGAUCAGCCCCCAUUCCAAUCUGUAAAACCCAAAAGUCUUUAACGAGCCGAUCUGCAAUUAUAAUAUACAACUCUGUUCUUAAACCUGGUGCUCUUGUCAGAUUCCUCAACAAGAGACUAAAGUCAAGAGCAACGAACAAUCAUAAUUAUAAUUCAUUAUUAAAAAAGAAAAAGACAAACAAAUGUUGGGAAUGAAGGCACUUGGUUUUCUCCUGUAAACAUCUUCAUCAUUAAGUGCCUGAAGGCAACACUGUGAUUCCAUCCAUGUCCAGCUCCACAGAAUGAACGCUGAAGUCUCCCAGACCCUGAAACAAA